AUGGAAAUUAAUAAAUCUACCAAGUCAUUAUAUGUGACAAAAUGCAUUGACAAGUCAUGCAAUUGGGCAGUGCGUGCAGCAAAAGUUACCAACUCAGAGCGUUUCUCAAUACGAACUUAUUGUAACACUCACACUUGUUCCCUUAUUAGCCGAAAAAGAAAGCAUCGUCAAGCAAGUGCUGCAGUAGUUGCUAAUGUCGUGAGGUCAAGUUUCGAUGGUCAAAAAGAGACACCGAAGCCAAAAGCAAUAAUGACGAUUAUGCAGAACAAUCACAUGCCAAUAACAUAUUGGAAAGCUUGGAAGGGGAAAAAACUUGCAAACAACCUUCUUAGAGGUUCACUUGAAUUAAGUUUUCAAAAUCUUCCAGCUUACUUAUACAUGGUUCGAAAGAUGAAUCCAGGUACGAUCACGCAUUUGGAGGUGGAUGAAGAUUCUAAAUUCAAAUAUGUUUUCCUAGCAUAUGGAGCAUGCAUCAAAGGAUUUCGUUGCAUGAGAAAGGUUAUUGCGGUGGAUGGGACUUGGUUGAAGACCAAGUACAAAGGUGUAAUGCUCAUUGCAACAGCACAAGAUGGUAAUUUUCAUCAAUAUCCUAUUGCUUGGGCUGUGGUUGAUUCAGAGAAUGAUGCUUCAUGGUCAUGGUUCCUUACAAAGUUACAAGAACUUAUACCAGAUGAUAGUGAUUUAGUCUUUAUUUCAGAUAGAAAUCAAAGCAUCAUCAAUGGGGUGUCAAAGAUUUAUAGGAAGUCACAACAUGGGCAUUGUAGGUGGCAUCUGUCUCAGAAUAUUAAAGCACAUGUCAGAGUUAAAGGUGUCAUAAAAUUAUUCGAAGAAACUGCCAAUGCCUAUAAAGUUUCCGAUUUCAACAAACUCUAUGAUGAAUUGAAGAAUAGAUAUCCCGUAGCAGUGAAGUAUCUUGAAGAAUCAAAUCUCACACUUAAUAAAUGGGCGAGAUCUCACUUUACAGGCUGUCGGUACAAUAUUAUGACUACGAAUGGUGCAGAAUCUAUUAAUGCAGCACUGAGGGAACCUAGAGAGUACCCUAUCAUUGCGUUGUUGGAGGCUAUGCAGGCAAAAGUCUCUGAGUGGUUCAACAAUCGCCGCAAUAUUGUGGCAUCUAUCAAUACAAAGUGUACACCUUUAACUCCAAAGGCAGAGAAUAUUAUUCGAAAAAGAUUCAAGAAAGCAUCGGAAAUGAAUGUGAAACAACUUAACCGAUUUGAGUAUGAGGUUAUAGGUAAAGAAAAUGAUGCCAUAAUUGAUUUAGGUCAAAGACAAUGCUCAUGUCGUGUCUUUGACCUUGAUCAACUUCCAUGUGUGCAUGCAUUAGCAUCAUAUGAGCAAGCUGGAAUAGAAGUGUAUGAUUUGUGCUCUAAUUAUUAUAAGUUGGAAACUUGGGCGUUGGCUUAUGUUGAUACCAUUUAUCCAGUCCCUCAACAAGAAGAUUGGGAUAUCAAUGAAGUUGAAGUAUUGCCGAAGGUAUUGCCUCCAAAUGUCCCAAUCAAGCGUGGUAGAGCAAAAUUGAAAAGAUUCCCAUCAGUUGGUGAGGGAAAAAAAUGGAUAAAAAGGUGUGGUUUAUGCGGGCAGCCUGGUCACUCCAAAAAAACAUGCCCCUUACGAGCCACAACUUCUAAAUUGUAA